AUGAUGAUUAUUGAUGAUAAUGAUGAUGAUGAUGAUGAUGAUGAUGAUGAUCAAAAAACUGCAAACCUGGGGACCAUGUUCAAGAACUUGAGCUCAAAUACACCACACUGUUCAAAAGAGGACAGAGGGGCUAGAGAAGGCUUAGCUAUACAAGGUGACUCUUGUGACUUCACAGUCUCUGUGAUUUCAUUCCUUAUAUCAGGGGCACUCCUGCUGCUGCUGCUCAUGUGUGAGAAUGUGGCUUCUGUGCCCAGGUGUGUCAUGAAAGAUGGAGGCUGCCAGAAGGUCCUCAGCUACAUGUUUAACAAGACAAGCACCACAUCUGAGAGCAUCAGCCUCCUCUCUUCAGACACGCUAAAGGAAUUUGAUGCGCAGUAUGAUCCAGGCCAGAAGUUCCAGAACAAGCCCACCAUGACCUGCCACACUGCAUCCCUCUCCAUCCCAAACAGCAAAAAGCAAGCUCAAAGAAUGCAGCCUGUGGCUCUUCUGAGUGACAAUCAGAGUACUGGCUGCCUGGAAAAACCUUCUGUCCUUGUAGCAAACAACAUGGCUGAUCUUGAUGGAACUCCUUAUACUACCACAUCAAAAGUUGCAUCGAUUGAUCGUCAAAUCAAAAGACUCACAAAAAAUCUGCGAGACAUUAAGACUAUACUCAGCCAGGUUUAUCCUGAACAGAAGGAAAAUGAGAACUACCCUGCCUGGUCAGGAGAACCAUAUGUACAGCAAUCCCAAAGAGGAAUUCAUCUUUUUGGUUUACAUAGCUUGUUCUUCUGCUUGCACUCUGAUGCCCAAAAGGUGUCUGAUUACGUCAAUAUCCUGAAACACCAAAUUGUGCCUAAUGAAUGA